AUGCUUCGUCGUCCGCCCACCGUCCUGACCCUCACCUCCGAGGACGUCAAGGCCUACGAGGACCGCCGCGAGGCCGAAGCCUUCCAACAUGCCACCGCCGCCGCCCAGGCUAGGAGGCACCAGCAGCUCGCCCGAAACAUGAGCGGCAUGGACAUCACGGGCAUCACAACCUCCAGCGACGAGGAGGACUACUCCGAGCAAGAGGCUUCCUACUACCCCAACCGCACAUACAGCCAGAACGCCAGGGUAUCGCGCGAGGAAAACAUCGACGGCCCGCGCGACGAGGAGAUCUACCGUAACGAGGAGAACUCCGACGACUACGAGGACGCUUCUGACGGCGACCACGUCGGGGAGGAGGGCUUCGUCGAGGACGAGGACAUGGCCAUGGCAGAGGCAGGGCUGCACGAGGAGCAGAUGGACCUCGAUGCCGAUAACAACAUCAACACCAGCGACGACGUCUCCGGCGGUGCCGUGCCCAAUCUACAGCAUCCUCGGCGGCAGCAACAGCCAAUAUUCCCCUCCCCGCCACCAGCGCCGUCCAGGAUGACGAGAUCCACGAGAUCGGUCAGCACGGAGCCUGCCUCGUCCCAGCAGCAGCAGCAGCAGCAGCAACAACAAGCAGCGGCAGCAGCAGCAGCCGCCUCACAGCAGCAGCCCGCCGGCAGGUUCGCCCGUGGCGCCACCGCCGCCCAGACACACCGCCGCGCGCCGUCGGGGAGGGCCGCUGCCGAGGCGGUCACGCCAACGCCGGUGGCGCAGGCCCAGCGCGACGCGGCGGACAGGGCUCGUGCGAGGGUCACGAGGAGCCGCGACGAGAGGAUCGGGGUGGCCAGGGGCGGCAGGCGCUGA